UCUCACUCAAACCAAACUCGACCAACAACAUUACACUUCAUCGUCCAAAAUAAUAAAAAAAGAGUAUGGCAACCAUUUCUUUCUCUCACAACCACCAACCCUCAGACAACCGCCGUGGCGGAUCCCACCACCACCGUCAUGGCCCUGUCGUGGAAGAGAUCGAAGGUCUCAUCAAAGUUUUCAACGACGGCUGCGUCGAAAGACCUCCCAUAGUCCCCACCGUCUCACCCACCCUUCACCCAUCUGCCAAAGCCACAGCCUUCGACAUCAAACUAUCUAACGACACGUUGAUACGUGUCUACAUCCCCGAGGCCGCAGCUUCUCCGUCCGUUACUCUCCCUCUCCUCGUUUACUUCCACGGCGGUGGUUUCUGCGUUGGCUCUACCGCUUGGAGUUGCUACCACGACUUCUUGACCAGCCUCGCUGUCAAAACACGUUGCGUCGUCGUUUCGGUAAACUACCGUUUAGCCCCUGAACACCGUCUUCCGGCGGCGUACGACGACGGCGUUAACGUCGUCUCGUGGCUAGUCAAACAACAUAUAUCUCACGGUGGAUACUCUUCUUGGCGCCGGAGCCAACAUAGCUUACCAAGUCGCCGUUAG